AUGGCUGAGAACGCUGCCUUAGCUGAUGCUAUUCGUUUGUUGGCUGAAAAUGUGAUCCAAAACCGGGGAGACCAAGUCGAACCCCAAGCUGAAAUGUUUGCUCCUGAGGUAGUACCAACUGAAGAGCUGAAGGCUCAGAGGUUUGAGCAUGGAUUGACUGAUGAGUUAAAGAAGGACCUAGCCGAAAAAGUUUUUAAAACCCUUGACAAGGUUUAUGAGAGAGCUGCCCAUCCGUACCAUCUGAAUACUAGGACUUCUAGUGCGAGUGCUAAAGCUGGGGAGAAAAGGAAGGACUUUGGGAAAUUUGAGAACCAGAGUAACUUUAGGAGGUCUAGAAAUGGGAACUCGUUUGAUAGGGGUAACCAGAAUGUUAGCAGUUAUUCCAAUGGUAACAAUGGAGAGAGAACCUACCACUGUAAGAGGUGUAGAAGGAACCACACUAGGAGAGACUGUGAUGGGAAUUUGGUGACCUGCCGGUUCUGCAACAAAAGGGGACACAGGAAGUAUGAGUGGUACACCAAGCAGAAACAACAGGGAAAUGGUGGAAAUGGUGGGAAUGGUGGGAACACCCAGCAGAGGCCUAACAGUUUCAAUAACCAGGGGAAUAGGGGAAAUGGUUAG